AUGAUGCAGAAACGUUCUGAGAAAAUGCAAGCAAUAUUGCAUGAUAUUGCACGAUGGGAUCGGUCGAAUGCGGCAGGUGUUUUCCAGCGAAAUGGAGGCUGUUCAGUCCUGCCAACGACAGGUUACCCGCUGACCUUUCACCCUGACCGACCAACUCCUAGCCCCGCCAGCGUUAUCGAGACAGAGAGAAGUAUCCAGAACUCCGAAAUGAAGGACAGCGCGUAUCGGAUGGGUGGAGUGCGUGCCUCGGAUGAGUCUACACCCAGAAGAGAUAGUGCCGGCAAACGAGAAAUAGGGCUUGAGCAAUGCCUCAUCCCACGAAUGGCAUAG